AUGAAGAUGAUCCUGGUGCGCAGAUUCCGCGUGCUCAUCCUGAUGGUGUUCCUGGUGGCCUGCGCGCUGCACAUCGUGCUGGACUUGCUGCCCAAACUGGAGCGGCGCGCCGUGCGGCCCUCGGGGGAGCCCGGCUGCUCGUGCGCGCAACCCGCGGUCGAGGCGGCGGCGCCUGCCUGGGCCAAGGCGCGGGGCCGCCCGGGGGAGCCCCCUGCCGCCUCCUCCGCAGCCGGCGACGCGGGCUGGCCCAACAAACACACGCUGCGGAUCCUGCAGGACUUCAGCUCCGACCCUUCCUCCAAUCUCACAUCCCACUCGCUGGAGAAACUGCCCGCGGCAGCCGAACCCGCCGAAAGCGCCUUGCAGGGGCAGAAUUCCGGCGGUCCCCGGCCCCGCGAUCCCGCGCACCGGCCGCUGCUCCGAGACCCCGGACUCCGUCGGUCGGCGCCGCCCCCUGGCCCCAGCGGGGACAGCUCUCUCCUGGCCCGGCUGUUUGAACACCCACUCUACCAGGUGCCGGUUCCACCGCUAACGGAGGACGACGUCCUCUUCAAUGUGAACAGCGACAUCAGGUUCAACCCCAAGGCUGCCGCGGAGAAUCCUGACUGGCCACGUGAAGGCACUGAAAAUGAAGACUUCUUGCCCACGGGGGAGGCAGCUGUGGACUCCUACCCCAACUGGCUCAAGUUCCACAUCGGCAUUAACCGGUAUGAACUCUACUCCAGGCAUAACCCAGCCAUCGAAGCCCUCCUGCGCGACCUCGGUGCUCAGAAGAUAACCAGUGUGGCCAUGAAGUCGGGGGGCACGCAGCUCAAACUCAUCAUGACAUUCCAGAAUUAUGGGCAGGCGCUGUUCAAACCCAUGAAGCAAACGAGGGAGCAGGAGACGCCCCCUGACUUCUUUUAUUUCUCGGACUAUGAGAGGCACAACGCGGAGAUCGCUGCCUUCCACCUGGACAGGAUCCUGGACUUCCGCCGGGUCCCGCCCGUGGCCGGCAGGAUGGUCAACAUGACAAAGGAGAUCCGGGAUGUGACGAGGGACAAGAAGCUGUGGAGGACCUUCUUCAUCUCCCCAGCCAACAACAUCUGCUUCUACGGGGAGUGCUCCUACUACUGCUCCACGGAACACGCCCUGUGCGGGAAGCCGGACCAGAUUGAGGGCUCACUGGCAGCCUUCCUGCCUGACCUGUCCCUGGCCAAGAGGAAGACGUGGCGGAACCCCUGGAGGCGCUCGUACCACAAGCGGAAGAAAGCAGAGUGGGAAGUAGACCCCGACUACUGUGAGGAGGUGAAGCAGACGCCCCCCUAUGACAGCAGCCACCGUGUUCUGGACAUCAUGGACAUGACCAUUUUUGACUUCCUCAUGGGAAACAUGGACCGCCAUCACUAUGAGACUUUUGAGAAGUUUGGGAACGAGACGUUUAUUAUCCACUUGGACAAUGGAAGAGGGUUUGGGAAGUAUUCCCAUGAUGAGCUGUCCAUUCUGGUGCCUUUACAGCAGUGCUGCAGGGUCCGGAAGUCCACCUACCUUCGGCUGCAGCUCCUGGCCAAGGAGGAGUACCGGCUGAGCCUGCUGAUGGCAGAGUCCCUGCGCAAGGACCGCGUGGCCCCCGUCCUGUACCGGCCGCACCUGGAGGCGCUGGACCGGCGGCUGCGCAUCGUGCUGCGGGCCAUUGGGGACUGCGUGGAGAAGGACGGGCCGCACAGCGUGCUGGAAGACGACCUGGAUGCCGAGCACAGAGUGCCCCCCGGCAGGUAGUGACCGAGAGCCGCCGGCCUGCCGUGGAGGAGGGACACGUGUGUCCACGCUGUGAUUCGGAGACUGCGGGAACAGAUGGACCGCUCCGUGGGUCAGGCACCGCAGGCCCCACGGGACUCACGGUGUCCGCUUUGAGACCGGAGAAGGCUGGGGAGGGGGCGCUCUGUGCUCAUGGACAAGGCGGCCUGGCGGCGGGGGCCACCCACCCUUCUAUAUGGGAAGGAAGCCUUUACUGACUAUUUUGUAUUUAUACUUGGUGUCUAUGUAUAUAAAUAGAGCGACACCUUGCAGACCCCAGACCACCCACCAAAUGCACACGUGGGGGCCGCGCCCCCUGGGGCCGGCCUCUCCUGCCAGGUGUGCUCCCACUCUGGACCUAACUUGAAACAGACUCCCACCUGUCCUCCCUCCUGGGAGGCCCGCGGCCAGACGGCUCACGGUCUCGGCCCGGUGCACGGCGGGGCUCCCGACGGCGCCAUAGGCUGGUCGGCGGGCAGACUCCCAGUUUCAGAGUGACGUCAGUGACCACGUCUUCCGUUUCUCAGAGCCACCCGGCAGCGCCUGGGACCUCCCUUGGCGGCCCAGGGUGCUGCUCGUCUCCUGACUUCGCUUUGAUCAUUGGUGCAAAGACAUCACACGGGCUCCUUCAAGGGCCUCGGCAACAGGCUGAAUUUUGCAACAUUUUUGUGGAAUAGUUUGCAAUGUGGUAAAAGUGCAAUAAAAAUAGAGCAAAUGUA